AUGGUGAGGCAUUUGGCAAUUGGUCAACAACAAGUAAGUGCAGUAAGUAAGCAACCAGCAAGAGUUUAUGGCAUAUGUACUUCCACUGAGCACCCUACGGAUUCAUGCCCUACAUUGCAAGAGACAGAUGCAAAUAUUUCUGGAAUCUACACAAACCAACAACAGCAAUAUAGAUCUCCAAAUCAGCAGUAUCAGAAUUAUAACCCAUACUCCCAUACAUAUAACCCAGGUUGGAGAGAACAUCCAAACCUGAAAUGGGGGGGCAAUAACAGCAGCAGCAACAACAAACCUCCAUUCAGGCAACAGCCACCUCCACCACCCCCUCCUGCACAAAGGAGUGAGCCAUCAUUCCAGGAGAUGAUGCAACAGAUGGCUACAAACAAUCUACAGUUUCAACAGAACAUGCAAGCAACUGUUCAGGAUUUGAAGAUUCAGGGAAAUGUGAGUGCUAUUACACUGCGAAGUGGAAAAGUGUUACCAGCAGUUGUAGCUACAACACCAGAUUCUAAAAACAAUAGUGAUGCAGCCACUGAGAAACAUGUUCCCCUGCCUUUCCCGAACAGACCAGUAGCAGCAAGAAAAAAACCAAAGUCGGAUAAUGAGUUGCUGGACAUGUUCAGCAGAAUAGAAGUAAAUAUUCCUCUCCUUGAUGCCAUUCGACAAGUUCCAAAAUAUGCAAAGUUUCUAAAGGAAUUGUGUACUAACAAGAGGAAGCUGAAGGGUAAUGAGCGAGUGAGUAUAGGGAGAAAUGGUUCUGCACUUCUUCAAAAUAAGAAUGUGUCUGCAAUCAUUCCACAAGACUUGCUCCUUAAGUUACCACAGAAGUGCAAAGAUCCCGGAAUUUUCACCAUCCUUUGUACCAUUGGAGAGGAAGUUUUUACAAAUGGUAUGCUGGAUUUGGGUGCUUCAAUUAAUGUUAUGCCUGCAUCUGUUUUUAGAUCAUUGUAG